CGCUGUUGCUGUGCCUCAAAGGACGCUGGGAGAUUUCCUAACAGGAAGUAGCAUGAGCCGCUAACAGCUAACGGCUAACAGCACUCGGGUUUGAAGAAAGAGCCGUUCGGCUGCAUCCAUCUGCAGUCAUGCAGGAGGACAUCAACACUGUGAAGUCCUGGUUUUCCAGCCCUGUGUACAGCCGCUACUGGCUGCACUACCAGCAGGCCAUGUCCUGGCACCGGAGACACCAGCAGGCCUAUAGAAAGGCCCUGCAGGCUGCAUACGGACCUGAACACUGGCGACAGCAGCAGCAUCCCGGCAGCCACCAGCGCUACGCAGACUGGAACGAAGAAGAGAGCGAAGGUGGAGGGGAAGGCGACGAGGAGAGCAGCUCAGACAGCGACAUCGAGUGUGACGUCAGCAACAUGGAGAUCAGCGAGGAGCUUCGGCAAUACUUCGCCCAGACGGAAAGACACAGAGAGGAGCUGAAGAAGCAGCAGCAGUUAGAGGCCGAGCAGCAGGACGGCUACGUUCCGGCCGACCAGGACCUUCACGCCGUCUCCUGGAGAAGCAGCGUCGCUCCUCCGACCGAGCGACCCGGCGAGAGGCGAGCGGCUGAGAUGAAGAAGCUGUACGGCGAGGACGCCGCCAAGAUCUCGGCCAUGGAGGCGGCGAUGCAGCUGACUUUCGACAGAAACUGUGACCUGAAGAAGCCAAAAUACUGGCCGGUCAUCCCGCUGAAACUGUAGCGACUGCCGGCAGAGCUGUUGGAUCUGGAGGAGAUCCCUGCUCGGGUUUCUCGGAGAGACAGCAGCUUCAUCGGAUAAUGGAUUGCGGCUGUUGGAGCUGCUGAUGUAGAAGUAAUGGUGUGGGUUAACUGAGUGUAAUAAGUUAUUUUAAGCACCAAAAAAAGUUGCAGAAAUGAGCCGAGUUUCUGCUCAGCCAGACGCGAAUGUCACUGACCUGUCAGCUGCUGCCACGAAUGAAAACCUGUGGCUGUGAUAUUCCAUUCCAGGCUGGUCUCCUCAGGCUCUCACAUAAAUAGUUUUUAACUUAUUGCAUCAAACACUAGAGCAUAGUAUUGAUUUUUCGGAGAGAAUGCAAAGCAAGAAUGAAUUUGAGCUGAGGGUCAGUACAGUCAACCUGCCGCCGUAGGUGAUGUAAAUACACUCAAACAGCAUGUGUUUCCUCCUAAUCUGGUUCUGUUUACCCUCCAGCUCGGUGAUGCUUCAUGCUGCAGUAGCUCCUCUUAUGCCUGUCAACUUAGUUUAACCACACAAACAUUCUCAGCCUCGUCGUCUGCUCAGAUUCCUGCAUGGCUGCUCCUGAUAUUCCGCUUCUCGACACCACAACUGAUUUGCUGUUGUUGCUUCUGAACUGCGGCCUCCGAUUCUGACAUUUCACCGCGCUCAAGAUGCUUCCUCAGGAGGGGCGUCGACUUGGCUCUUUUAUCUUAUGUUUGCACAUAUGAAUAUUUUUUUGAGACUUGAUGUGUUUUUUUUAAAUAUUCUGUUUGUAAUAAAGUAUUUUAAGUCUGGAUAAAA